AGAGAGAGAGAGAGAGAGAUGCAGCGAUGCCGAGGGCGAUCUGGAAGGAAGGCGUUGAAGGAACUACCCAACAACAACUGCACCAAUGGCUGCGCCGCCGCCGCCGGCGAUUGCGCGAAGAGCGCCGGAGCGAAGCGCGGAUCCAAAUCAUCGGCGGACCAGAGUGAGAAACCGCUCCCUCCGUCCGCCGCGCCCAUGGGAAUCGACAAUCGCAGCAUCGAGGACGAAGUGCGAGAAGAAGGCGACGGCGGCGACGACGACUCGCUCGACCGGUUGCUGCUUGUCCAGUCCGAUAUCUCCGGCGUCGUGCAUCAGAUCGAUGAACUUGUAGCCCAAGCAUUCAAACUCAAAGAAAUGAGCAAGCACGGAAAAAAAGAAGUCGAGUCUUUGGCACUCUUCCUGUCUGAAAUGCUGUCUUCAUUGAAGCCAUGGCCUUCCAGAUUGCAGAAGGCUUUCUCCAGUCCUCCCAUUGAGCUUACGAAUGUGGUCGAACCGUCUCCUGCAGUCUUAGCUUCUCCUGUCCAAGACGAUGAAAGCAUUGUGAUUCAAAGUCCAGAGCAAGACAAAAUGGAUUCGCUGAUUUCUCCUUCUCCCCUUGUAUCCUGGCGCGCUAAUUGUACAGUUGAAAGAGGUCGGCAAGUGUUCAUGCUCACACCUUUGCCAAUAUCAAGAGCAUUGUCAUCCAAAUGCCAGGAAUCAUCUAGAUCUCUACUGGAGAAGAUAACUUCGGCCGCUGCUCCACCACCUUCCCUCACUCUAACUCAAGAAAUUAAAGACGACUCGCUGAUAGAUGUGGCUAUAUAUCCAACGCCAAAUAAACCCUUUGAUACUCUUGUGAGGAGGAAGGACAACACUGAAGAGCUGGGUUUUGCUUCUCCAAUGGUGCUGUCAAAGAGGGACUGCUCCUUGCUCAUGAUGACGCCUUGCUUUAAAGGGUCACCACCAAAGUCCUGUUCAUUGCUCGAACCCAUCUCUGAAUCUUCUCACUGGGGAAAUGUGAAUGUCCGUAAGUCUACUCCGUUUCCUGUGGGAGUCAAUAAGUACAGUGAGUCAGAAUUGUCGGAAUCCUCCGGAGAUGGAGCUUCAGAUGGUCUGGCCACAAGGUAUCCAGAGCUUCUGGGGAUACGACAGGCUAUUAAACUGGGAAUUGGGAAGGAGAAAAAGGCGUCUUCGCCAGAUUGGUUUAUGUCUCCCCCCAAGUCUUGUAUUUUGAUGGAGCCCCUCGAUGAGAAACAGCUGACUAUUGCAACCACUAAUAGCCAGUUCACAAAAAGCAUACCUGUUCUGGCCCAGCAAGCUGACUCUCCCUUAUCACAAGGAAAUGCUGUUCUAGAAAGCCAUCGAGCAAUUGAGAAAUCUAGAAAGCAAGAACCAGUUGGCGGUACCAUGGCACUCAUUGAAAAUACUCCAGUUUGGAAGGAACCGGAGAGUAUCCGGAUGGGCAAAAGACCAGGCGAAAACACGCUUAAGAGAGAACUGUGGACGAAGUUUGAAGCGGCAUCUGCAUAUGGUUUCCGGGUCAACAGCUCGGCACUGUUAGAGACAGAAGGGAUAGGAUUUCUUGAUAGAUUAGAUGAGGUUUCCCUUGAUGGAGGAAGUCCAGCUCCGCAGGCCUUCAGCUGACAUAAAGUAUCCCUGGAAAUUUUGACUUGUAAAUUGGGUAUCUGUAUUCUAUUGCUUUGAUGGCCUUACCGGGAGAUUUUAUGCCUCCACAGCAUCAAACCCCGAGGUGAGAAAACACAAGAGAGGAAGAGAAUAGCCAUGUAUCUGCUGUCUCAGAUUUUGCUCGUGCUGUAUCUUGCAGGUUUCUUUGUCAACAUAUGGGACGCGUAACUUGUUUUCUGUUUCAUGUACAAUUUUCGAUAGUUUGAUCA